AGCUCGAGUGGUGACCCAGAAUCGGUUUCCGGUUGGUGUGAUGUUGGAAGGAUUGUGAAGUUGAAGCUGGAUUUUCUCGCAUUUUGGACAAACAGCCUCGUAUAAAUCCCCUAAACUUAAACACAGGAGUGACUGCGUGCAGCUCGGCCUGGUUCCCUUUUAGUUUGACACAUUGCAUCCUGUUCCAGAUGUGAGUCUGGCAGCUGUCCACCAUGAGUAACAGCCACCCUCUGCGUCCACUGGCCUCCGUGUCGGAGAUCGACCACAUCCACCUGUUGUCGGAGCAGCUGGGAGCCCUGGUGCUCGGCGAGGAGUACAGCGAUGUCACUUUCAUCGUGGAGGGGAAGCGCUUCCCGGCACACAGGGUCAUCCUGGCUGCUCGCUGCCACUACUUCAGGGCCCUGCUGUAUGGGGGGAUGAAGGAGUCCCAGCCCCAGGCGGAAGUGUGUUUGGAGGAGACGCGGACCGAAGCCUUCUCCAUGCUGCUGCACUACCUUUACACGGGCCGGGCGAGCCUCAGCUCGGCCCGGGAGGAGGUGCUGCUGGACUUCCUGGGCCUGGCUCACCGCUACGGCCUCCAGCCAUUGGAGGACUCCACCUCCGAGUUCCUCCGCACCAUCCUGCACAUCAACAACGUCUGCCUGGUGUUCGAUGUGGCCAGUCUGUACUCUCUGAGCGCGCUCAGUGCGGCCUGCUGCGCCUACAUGGACCGACACGCGCCUGAAGUGCUGAACUCUGACAGCUUCCUGCUGCUCUCCAAGAUGGCCCUGCUGACGGUGGUGAGGCGGGACUCGUUUGCUGCCACCGAGAAGGAGAUCUUCCUGGCGCUGAGUCGUUGGUGCAGGCAGCACGAGGAGGGGAUGGACACCCAGGAAGUGAUGGCGGCUGUGCGGCUGCCUCUCAUGACUCUGACCGAGAUGCUGAACACGGUGCGACCGUCUGGCCUGCUGAGCCCUGACGACCUGCUGGACGCAAUCAAGACCCGGUCCGAGAGCCGCAACAUGGACCUGAACUACCGCGGCAUGCUCAUCCCUGAGGAGAACAUAGCCACCAUGAAGUACGGCGCUCAGGUGGUGAAGGGCGAGCUGAAGUCGGCGCUGCUGGACGGAGACACCCAGAACUAUGACCUGGACCACGGCUUCUCCAGACAUCCCAUCGAGGACGAUUGCCGUGCCGGGAUCCAGGUCAAACUGGGCCAAUCGUCCAUCGUCAACCACAUGCGCCUGCUGCUGUGGGACAGAGACAGCCGGUCCUACUCCUACUACAUCGAGGUGUCUAUGGAUGAGCUGGACUGGAUUCGUGUCGUGGAUCACUCAAAAUUCCUCUGUCGCUCCUGGCAGAAUCUGUUCUUCACACCACGAGUUUGCAGGUAUAUUCGCAUUGUGGGAACUCACAACACGGUCAACAAGGUCUUCCACCUUGUGGCUUUUGAAUGCAUGUUCACCAACCGCUCAUUCACCCUGGAGAACGGCCUUCUGGUGCCGAGUGAGAACGUGGCGACCAUCGCGUCGUGUGCCAGCGUCAUCGAGGGCGUGAGCCGCAGCAGAAACGCCUUGCUCAACGGCGACACGCGCAACUACGACUGGGACUCGGGCUACACCUGCCACCAGCUGGGCUCCGGAGCCAUCGUCAUCCAGCUCGCUCAGCCCUACAGCAUCGGAUCGUUGAGGCUGCUGCUGUGGGACUGUGACGAGCGCUCCUACAGCUACUACAUCGAAGUCUCCUCCACCCAGCAGCAGUGGACCAAGGUGGUGGACCGCACCAGGGUGGCAUGUCGGUCGUGGCAGACGUUGAAGUUCGAUAAGCAGCCGGCUUCCUUCAUCCGUAUUGUCGGGACUCACAACACGGCUAAUGAGGUGUUCCACUGCGUUCACUUCGAGUGUCCGGCCCAGCUGGACACAGAUGUGACCGAAGGUAGCCCAGGCCUGGACGCCUCGGACCUGGCUCCGCCUCUCCGCAGACGCGACCCCAACGACCCUCGCGCACACACAGCCUGCAGCCCUCCCAGCCCUCCUCCUCCUCCUCAUCUUCCUCCCAGUCCCACCAUUAAGAGCCUCGUCGGGGAAAGCGUCGAGAGAACAGGAGAGAUAACCUCACCUCAGAAUGCCAUUUUUGCACAGCCUUCAUUACCCAGACUGCACUGCUACAGCGCUGCUAAAGGCGAUCGUCUCAUUGUCAUUACCCAUGGUCCUUCUGUCAUUAGUGCAACAUUAGAGACUGGUGUAUCUGUAGCAGCAGCGUUUAGGGCUCCAGUCUUCCCAGUUCUGACACAGAAGGUUAGGCGUUACAUCUUUUCUCAAACGUCUUUGUGAAGGUACUCUGUAGCUGCAAAUUCUUUCCUUCAAAGGUGGGAUCUUUUACUCCUCCAAAGACGAGGCUCACACUGGUUGCUCUGCACCACCAAAGAGCAUGGGUGGAAGGGAAGGGUUGCUAUCUGAAUUUUACGAGCAAAUAUUUCCAAAAGAGAUGGAUUUUCUCCAUAAACAAGCUAUUUUUUUAAGAAAACUGUCUUAAAGCGACUACUCACUUUUCAUACCAUCGAGCUCACAGAGUAGCAGUCAAGUAUUUUUCAAAGUUCGGAAUUAAAUCGUUCAAAUGUUUGCCAAAGCUUUGGAGCUAAUGCACUCUGUGGCAUUUGUAUGCAAUUUGCACUUAAUCCAAUUAUGCAUUUGCAUAGUAAAUAAUCACUGUUAAGUAUUUGCUGAAAGGCUUCCACACCCGGAAACAAAGUCCUUAUCUGGUGCGACUCUUUUGAUAAUUAAAACUCAUACGUCAAGAAAAACCUCACUUUAGCUAAACUUAGAUUAAGUUCAGCGUCUGAAUUUAGUAUUUUAAGCACUUGGAAUAGCUUAGCACAAACGAUUAGGAAAUGAAUUAGGCUGCAAAAAUUGGGUUUGAGUGGUUCGGACCAAAUUGUGUAUGCACUAGUGCUGCUACGAAGAGGGUCUCUAUACGAUAGCAGCUGCUAUCGGCACUUUAUUUUACUCGAGUACUCAGAAAUAAAGGUUGCAGCUCGGCUCCUCUGGCUGAAGUUCAGUGCUGGAGUGCUGGAUUUCUGUUUGUAUGUUAAUUUAAUUUAAACACUCUUGCUGUUUUUUUUGUUUGUUUGUUUUUAAGUUAAGCUAUCAGUGCUGUGGUUUGUUUAUUGUGUGUCCUGAUGUUGCACUUUUGAGUUGUUCGUCUGGCAGAACUCCUUUUUUAUUUGAAGUGAAUAACCUGUCCCGACGAUGUUUCUGUGCGCCUUCUUAAGUCAUCCCCAUCUGCAUUUUAGAAGAGCACCCCUAGUUGGAUAAAGUCUUCCUUAAUAACCGAAAUAGGGUUUGUUCAGGUUAAUGUACACUCCCCACCCCACAUCUACCUUUAUGUGUGUGUAUAGUUUUACUUAAUAUAUAUAUUAGUUUUGACUAUUGACGUGUGAUUGCAUUUCACUGCCUCUUGUUCAACACAUUGCCUGUCAAAGAUGUGAUUAUGGAAACAAUUGACAUGUUUAUUGAUGUUCAUUGCUGGCGCCCGUCUGCUUCUCCCUGCUGUUGAACGCAGCGGAGCUCUUUGAUACAAGCAAUAUCGUGAUGUGUAUGUUCUGUUACAGACCAACCGUGGUGAUGGAUCAGUCCACACGUGUUCUUCAUGCUACAGGCACUGAUGCCCCGGCAGCUCUUUAGAAAAUGUUUGAUGUGUAAUGCUGGCUAAGGAGCUGUUUUACUGUCAUGAAACAUUUAAAAACAUCUAAUUUUGAAGAUCUAUUGUCUUGUUUCUGUUUCUCGGUGAAUGGACUCCAAGGAAAGCCGUUGAGCACUGUAAGCACAACAAAAUUACAGAGAAAUGAAGAAGCAGUGAUGAAACCAUUUCCUGUUAAACUGAUGAGCAUUAUAUGGAAAGAUACACACUUUUAAAAGGCUCUGAUGUAACUUUUGUGGGAUUUAUCUCAGAUAAAAGCACUGAUCAUAGGGAGAAUUGUUACCCCACAGGUUUAAAACAAUCAGGAAAUGGCUAAUUUAUCUCUGCCUAGUGAUUU